AUGAUAGACUCUCUCUCUCUCUCCCCACUCUGGCUAAGAACUCUCUCUCUCUCUCCACUCUGGCUAAGAGUUGAUAGCAAGAUAGACUCUCUCUCUCUCUCCACUUGGCUAAGAGUUGAUAGCAAGAUAGACUCUCUCUCUCUCUCCCCUCUGGCUAAGAAUAGACUCUCUCUCUCUCCCCCUCUGGCACUCUCUCUCUCUCUCUCCCCUCUGGCUAAGAGUUGGCUAAGAGUCUCUCUCCUCUGGCCUUUGUUGGAUAGCAAGAUAGACUCUCUCUCUCUCUCCACUCUGGUUGGAUGGACCAGUUCUCUCUCUCUCUCUCUCCCCUGGUUGGAUAGCAAGUUUCUCUCUCUCUCUCUCUGGCUAAGAGUUGUCGUUUUGUUCUCUCUCUCCCUCCCUGGCUGUCGCUUUGAUUCUAGACUCUCUCUCUCUCUCCCUCCCUCUGUCGGAUUGUUCUCUAGACUCUCUCUCUCCCCCUCCCUCUGUCGUUUUGUUAGACUCUCUCUCUCUCUCCCUCUGUCUGUUUGGAUUUGGAUCUCCUCCCUCUGUCGUUUUGAUCUCUCUCUCUCCUCUGUCGUUUUGGAUCUCUCUCUAGACUCUCCUCUCCCUCUGUCGUUUGGAUCUCUCUCUCUCUCUCUCUCUGUCGUUUUGUUCUCUCUCUUGGAUCCCUCCCUCUGUCGUUUUGUUCUCUCUCUCCUCUGGCUCUGUCGAUUUGAUCUCUCUCUCUCUCUCUCUCCUCUGUCGUUUUGUUGUGAAUCUCUCUCUCUCUCUCUCCCUCUGUCGUUUUGUUCUCUCUCUCUCCCUCUGUCGUUUUGUUCUCUCUCUCUCCCUCUGUCGUUUUGCUCUCUCUCUCUCUCCCCUCCCUCUGUUGGAUUUGUUCUCUCUCUCUCUCUCCCCUCCCUCUGUCGGUUUGUUCUCUCUCUCUCUCUCUCUCCCUCUGUCGACUUUGUUCUCUCUCCCUCCCUCUGUCUCUCUCUCUCUCUCCUCCUCUGUCGUUUUGUUAACAAGAUCUCUCUCUCUCUCCCCCUCUGUCGUUUUGUUCUCUCUCUCUCUCUCCCUCCCUCUGUCGUUUUGUUCUCUCUCUCUCUCUCCCUCCCUCUGUCGUUUUGUUCUCUCUCUCUCUCUCCCUCCCUCUGUCUAAGGUUGGAUAGCAAAGAUCUCUCUCUCUCUCUCCCUCCCUCUGUCGUUUUGUUCUCUCUCUCUCUCUCCCUCCCUCUGUCUAAGUUUUUGAUUCUCUCUCUCUCUCUCUCUCCCUCUGUCGUUUUGGAUCUCAAGAUAGACUCUCUCUCUCUCUCCACUCUGUCGUUUUGGAUCUCUCUCUCUCUCUCCCUCCACUCUGUCGUUUUGUUAGACUCUCUCUCUCCCUCUGGCUGUCAUUGGAUUCUCUCUAGACUCUCUCUCCUCCCCUCUGGCUGUCGUUUUGAUAACAAGAUAGACUCUCUCUCCUCUCCUCUGUCCAAGAUAGACUCUCUCUCUCUCUCCCCUCCCUCUGUCGUUUUGAUUCUCUCUCUCUCUCUCUCUCCCUCUGUCUCUUUUGGAUUUCUCUCUGUCUCUCUCUCUCCUCUGUCGUUUUGUUCUCUCUCUCUCUCUCUCCUCUGUCUCACUCUCUCUCUCUCUGGCUCCCUCUGUCGUUUUGUUCUCUCUCUCUCUCUCCCCUCCCUCUGUCGUUUUGGAUCUCUCUCUCUCUCUCUCUCUCCCUCUACUCUCUCUCUCUGUCUCCUCCCUCUGUCGUUUUGUUCUCUCUCUCUCUCCCCUCCCUCUGUCGUUUUGAUUCUCUCUCUCUCUCUCUCUCCUCUGGCUAAGUUUUGGAUCUCUCUCUCUCUCUCUCUCUCCUCUGGCUGUCGUUUUGUUCUCUCUCUCUCUCUCUCCUCCCCCCUCUGUCUAAGUUUUGUUCUCUCUCUCUCUCCUCCUAAGGUUGUCGUUUUGUUCUCUCUCUCUCUCCACUCUGUCGUUUUGUUGGAUAACUCUCUCUCCCUCUGUCUCUCUCUCUCUCUCUCUCCUCCCUCCUCUGUCGGAUUGUUCUCUAGACUCUCUCUCUCUCUCCCCUCUGUCGUUUUACUCUCUCUCUCUCCCCCCUCUGUCAUUUUGGAUGUUCUCUCUCUCUCUCUCCUCUCUCUGUCGUUUUGUUCUCUCUUGGAUAACCUCCCUAGACUCUCUCUCUCUCUCUCUCUCUCUCCCUCUGUCGUUUUGUUCUCUCUAGACUCUCUCUCUCCCUCUCUGUCUUGGAUAGUUCUCUCUCUCUCUCUCUCCCCCCCCUCUGUUGGAUUUGUUCUCUCUCUCUCUCUCCCUCUGUCGUUGGAUAGUAUCUCUCUCUCUCUCUCUCCCUCUGUCGUUUUGUUCAAGAUCUCUCUCUCUCCCUCUGUUGGAUUCAAGAUAGACUCUCUCUCUCUCCCUGGCUGUCGUUUUGUCUCUCUCUCUCUCUCUCCCCUCUGUCGUUUUGAUAUCUCUCUCUCUCUCUCCCUCCCUCUGUCUUUUGUUGGAUCUCUCUCUCCCUCUCUCUGUCUUUUUGUCUCUCUCUCUCUCUCUGUCAUCUCUCUCUCUCUCGUUUUGUUGGAUAGCUCUCUCUCUCUCCCUCCCUCUGGCUUUUGUUGGAUCUCUCUCUCCUCCCUCUCUCUUUUGUUCUCUCUCUCUCUCUCCCUGGAUCUGUCGUUUUUGUUCUCUCUCUCUCUCCCUCCUCUGUCGUUUUGUUCUCUCUCUCUCUCUCUCCCCUCUGUCGUUUUGGAUAACAAGAUAGACUCUCUCUCUCCCCUCUGUCGUUUUGAUCUCAAGAUAGACUCUCUCUCUCUCUCUCCCUCUGUCGUUUUGUUCUCUCUCUCUCUCUCUCCCUCCCUCUGUCGUUUUGUUCUCUCUCUCUCUCUCUCUCUCUCCCCUCCUCUUGGAUCGUUUUGUUCUCUCUCUCUCUCCCUCCCCCUCUGUCGUUUUACUCUCUCUCUCUCUCCCUCCCUCUGUCAUUUUGACUCUCUCUCUCUCCCUCUGGCUGUCGUUUUGUUAGACUCUCUCUCUCUCCCUCUGGGUUGUCGUUUUGUUCUCUCUCUCUCUCCCUCUGUCGUUUUGUUCUCUCUCUCUCUCUCUCCCCCUCUGGCUAAGGAUUGGAUAGCCUCUGUCGUUUUGUUCUCUCUCUCUCUCUCCCUGGCCCUCUGUUGGAUUGUUUCUCUCUCUCUCUCUCCCUCCUCUAAAACUCUCUCUCUCUCCCUCUGGCUCUGGUUGGAUGUCUCUCCCUCUCUCUGUCUCUCUCUCUCCUCUAAGUUCUCUCUCUCUCUCUCCCCUCCCCUCUGUCGUUUUGCUCUCUCUCUCUCUCUCCUCUGGCUCUGUUGGAUUGUUCUCUCUACUCUCUCUCUCUCUCCCUCUGUCAAGUUGGAUCUCUCUCUAGACUCUCUCUCUCUCCCUCUGGCUAAGUUGGAUAGCAAGAUAGACUCUCUCUCUCUCCCCUCUGGCUGGUUGGAUUUUGUCUCUCUCUCUCUCUCCCUCUACUCUCUCUCUCCCUCCCUCUGGCUAAAGUUGGAUAGCAAGAUUGACUCUCUCUCUCUCUCCCUCCCUCUGUCAUUUGUUCUCUCUCUCUCUCUCCUCCCUGGCUGUGGCAAGACUCUCUCUCUCUCUCCCUGGCUAAGAAUCCCUUGUCUCUCUCUCUCUCUCUGGCUCUGUUGGAUUUGUUCUCUCUCUCUCUCUCCCUCUGUCGGUUUGAUCUCACUCUCUCUCUCCCUCUGUCUAAACUCUCUCUCUCUCUCUCCCUCUCCCUCUGUCGUUUUGUUCUCUCUCUCUCUCUCUCUCUCUCUCACUCUGGCUAAGUCGUUGGUUAGCAAGAUAGACUCUCUCUCUCUCUCUCACCUCCCUAAGUCGUUGGAUAGCUCUCUAGACUCUCUCUCUCUCCCCUCUACUCUCUCUCUCUCCUCUGGCUUUGAGUUGGAUCCCUCUCCCUCUGUUAGACUCUCUCUCUCUCCUGGCUGUUGUUUUGCUCUCUCUCUCUCCCUCUGUUUGUUUAACUCUCUCUCUCUCUCUCCCCUCUGGCUUUGA